UAAAAAAAAAGAUAAAAAAUUAAAUACUGAAUGAAAAAAAAAACAACAAUAAUCUACAUUAUUAUUAUAUAUUUUAAUAGUCAGCCGAUGUUAUAUAGAGAUAAAAAUAUACGUAUACAUACAGAUUCAUCGAUUAUAUUAGCAAUGUAAAUGGUAAUGAGUAAUAACUUAUGAGUUAUGGGAAAUUAUGCUGUCAGUAAUGAUUUUAAAUAAAGAAUAAUAAUAAAAAUAUUUAGACUUAUGUCAUAAUAGCAAGUGUGUUUGUACAUCGUUUUUUUUUUUUUAUAGUUAGUCAAUUACAUACUUAACGUGUGGCUUGUUCCGGCGACGAGCUGUGAACGCAUUUUAACUUUCGAGGAUGACUCAACCUGAGUAUACCAAGUAGAGAGAAAGUAUCUCGAUAAAUAUAUACGAGUUAAGACAAGUAAAGAGCAAGUAGUAGUUGUUACUGUUGUUGUUGUUGUUGUUGGUUUGAUUGCAAGACGAGUUUGUGUUUUGUGGGCUGAUAUGGUGAGCUGGUGCUGGUGCUGGUUCGGUUAUGGUGCGCGGUCUUUUAUCCCGGCACCUGGAGAACGCACCGCAAAAUUACCGGGGUUUUAUCAAGUGUAGCAACGGUGACGCUGACGGUGAUCGAUCUGCCGUGAAAGCGAUUCAUAAGUUGUAAUAUUAUCUCGGCGAAAAUUAACAAUAAUAAAAUAAUAUUAAAAGCUUUGACGAGCUUUUGUAACAAUGCGUCACGGUAAUAGCAAUAACAGCAACGGGUACCUGGUGCACAAUGGCGGUGAUGCGCAACGUAGUUACUCAACUGAUGGUGAGGAGAGUCAUCGUGCUACCUCCGUGCGAACUUCAUCAGAAUAUCCUAUCGCCCACAAGCCCAGCUCUGUGAUUAAAAUCGUGGUACCUUCACAACAAAAAAGUCGCAGGUCGACAAAUGAAAGAGACAACGAUAAACGGGUACAUAUAUCACGAAAUGGACGUACUGGUUCUGAUUUAUCGAGAGACUCACCGCCAAAUAAUAAUCAUAAUAAUAGCAAUAAUAAUAAUAAUAAUAAUAGUAGUAGUAGCAAUAAUAAUAAUAAUAAUCGACAUAAUCAGUCAAACAAUGGUUCAGAAACAAAUAUACCAAUUUUUAUUACCAACAGUAAUUAUCGUACGACAUCAGAUAUUAGCCGCGGAUCACGUCACAGUCCGGUGCCCAGUUCAAGAAUAGAUGACAGGGCGCCCAGUCAUUACAGCUGUGGAUCUGGGAGAUCUGGUGGAUCAACCGUAAAGACUAAAACCUCCCGGCAUGGUGGUAUUAUUAUUGAAACAAUGUCCACUCCCAAUCCUUUUUGUCCCAACACUAAGGGAAUGUGUUGUCUCAUGUUGCUCAUAAACCUCGGUCUUAUCCUUGUCACACUCGGCUUCGUCAUAGUUAUUCAAAUAUUCCAGCCAGUUAUUGUCUGGGUCUUAGGCAUAGUCUUCCUCAUAUUUGGAUUCUUAACACUCAUAGGAAGUUUGAUAUACUGCGUACAUGUAUUUAGAAAUGCCAAACAUCCUGGUGAUAUAAACCCUGAAGAUUUUUAUUGGACACGCUACUGGCAAGGCCAUGUUGGCUCAGCACCAGAGAUUCACUACAAGGCUGAAGAAAAAUAUCCAGAUGACGGUGGUAGCGAUCGUUAUAGCAAAUACUCGGCUAAUUAUUCAGAUCGCCGCAGUCAUCGAUAUUAA